GGUCCAACGUAGCUCCUUGCAUAUCGUCAACCAUGGCUCCCACCAACAUCUGCUGCAUUGGUGCCGGCUAUGUCGGUGGCCCCACGUGCUCUGUCAUUGCCCUCAAGGGUGGUGACCAAGUCAAGGUCACCGUCGUCGAUAUCAACCAAAAGCGCAUCGCCGCUUGGAAUUCGGAUGAGUUGCCCAUCUACGAGCCUGGGCUCGAUGAAGUGGUGCAGCAAUGCCGUGGCAAGAACCUUUUCUUCAGCACCGACGUGGCUGGUGCUAUCAAGGCAGCAGACCUCAUUUUCGUGUCCGUCAACACGCCCACCAAGCUUUACGGUCUUGGCAAGGGCUCGGCCGCCGACGUCAAGUAUAUCGAGUCGUGCGCCCGCGCCAUUGCUGAGCACUCCGAGGGCCCCAAGAUUGUGAUUGAAAAGUCGACGGUGCCUGCCCGCACUGCUGAAACCCUCGACCGCAUUCUUCGCGCCAACUGCAAGCCUGGCAUCACGUUUGAGAUUCUCUCCAACCCUGAGUUUUUGGCCGAGGGCACCGCCAUCAGCGACCUCAUGUCCCCGGAUCGUGUCCUGAUUGGUGGCUCGACAACCCCCGAGGGCCAAAAGGCCAUUCAAGCGCUCAGCGCUGUCUACGAGCACUGGGUGCCCAAGGACCGCAUCAUUACCACGAACACCUGGUCAUCGGAGCUCUCCAAGUUGGCGGCCAAUGCCUUUUUGGCACAGCGCAUCUCCAGCAUCAACGCCAUGAGCGCCAUUUGCGAGGCCACCGAGGCCGAUGUGUCAGAGGUCGCUCGGGCCAUUGGCAAGGACUCACGGUUGGGUGCCAAGUUUCUGCAGGCGUCGGUCGGCUUUGGUGGCAGCUGUUUUCAGAAGGACAUUUUGAACUUGGUCUACUUGGCCGACUCGCUCAACCUCCAUGAGGUUGCUGAUUACUGGCGCCAGGUUGUCAUCCUCAACGACUGGCAGGAGCGUCGCUUCUCCACUCGCAUCAUCAAGGCCUUGUUCAACACGGUCAGCAGCAAGAAAAUCUGCAUCCUUGGUUUUGCAUUCAAGAAGAACACCGGUGACACGCGCGAGAGCGCUGCCAUCUAUGUCUGCCAACAUCUCAUGGAUGAGGGGGCCCAGCUCGCCAUCUAUGAUCCCAAGGUCAAGGCCGAGCAAAUUGACCUGGACCUCAAGAGCGUGUCACAAGGUCAGGAGGACCGCGUGGACCGCCUUGUGACGGUGCAUUCGGACCCUUACGAGGCCAUGGACGGAGCUCAUGCCGUUGCCGUCCUCACCGAGUGGGACGAGUUCAAGACUUACGACUUUGCCAAGGUAUAUGCUACGAUGCCCAAGCCCGCCUUCCUCUUUGAUGGUCGUAACAUCUUGGACCACGCUGCGCUCCGGCAAAUGGGCUUUGAGAUCGAGGCCAUCGGCAAGAAGAUCCAUUAA